AUGGAGAAGAUCCUGGCCCUCCUGCUGGUCGCUGCCAUCUCCGUGGCCUAUGCAGUGCCCGAUCCCCGGGGAAUCUUCAUAGGCCUGGAAGAAGGCGAGCUCUGCAUGAACAGUGCCCAGUGCAAAAGCAAGUGCUGCCAUCGUACAAGCGGGUUGAGCCUGGCCCGCUGCGCCCCCAAAGCCAGCGAGAACAGCGAGUGCUCCACCUGGAACCUGUCUGGGGUUUACUACAAGUGCCCCUGUGAGCGCGGCCUGACCUGCGAGGCGGACAAGACCAUUGUGGGCUCCAUCACCAACACCAACUUCGGCACCUGCCACGAUAUAGGCCGUCGGGCCCAGGAGUGA